AUGGCAGGCCUCGACGAGGCUGGUUUCACAAUCAAAACACUGCGACAAGGAGACGUCUUUCCGACGACAGAUUAUCUACAUUCAUAUUCACCGCUUCCGACCUCAUUCACCUUCGAGUCGACGUGCACCGACCAGUGGACACUUCUGAACCCAAUCACCCCCACGAACAUAUACUACCCCAUUCCGGCAUCAUGUCAACCCAACGGUGAAACCGAUUCCACUUAUAGUCCGGGCACAUGUAUCAGUAACUACCACAUGGUCGCCCUGACCGACGGAAUGACUGCAGGAGGCAUUGUGUUGGCAAGUUACUGUAGCGCCAGCUUCAGCUUCAGCACUCCCUACAUCACGGCGACAUACGGCUCCAAUGCCUAUCCUUCCAGUAUUCCUGCCACCGAUCGAACCGCUACAAUAGUUCUUGAUGAAGGACUUAUGGGAAUGAGCCCCAUGGUUGUCUACUGGCAAGAGACCGAUCUCUCGCUAUUCGAUCCCGAAUAUGCGACGAGGCUAGCCUCAAAACUUGGCCUCGAUUUCACGCCGACGGGCUCAGCCGCUGUCACCGCCGAAACAGCGUCGCCGCCAGACCGGAGUCAACCCCCAUCCGCCACCUCUUCAACGAAACCAGGCCCCGAUGAGGGCGAGACGUCAUCGAAAUCGGAUCUCAGUAUCGGUGCAAAAGCAGGGAUAGGUGUCGGCGUCGCCAUCGCAGUGAUACUAGCGGUUGUUGUCGGACUCGUACUGUACAGGCGACGAGUGCGAAAGCAGAGGGCACUCGAUCAAACGUUGGCUAGACAAAACGAACAACCUGAACUCGUGCAGACACGCGCUGCAUAG